AUGAUGGUAGAGGAGGCUCGGAGGAUAACGUUGUCCGUGGAAAAGUCUUCGCUGCUGGAGAAGGAGACGUAUGCCAGUUUUGACGAAGCGCGCUCGCGAGGGUCAGACAUGAAGCUACUACAAGAUGCAUCCGCUGGUAUAACACUUGCACACAAACUCACGAAGGACAAGUUGGUGCAAGGACGGGAUGUGUCGCUGCGCUCGUUCGCGCGCGUUUUCACGCGGCCGACCGACGCGAACGAGCGGUCGGUCGCCUUCGCAGCAGACGGCGGCGCGGGCGCUCUGCGGGCGCUCCUCGUGGGGUCUCUCCCGCCCCACUGCCGUCUGCUCGAGCGCCGUUUACCGCAUGCAGUGCGUCGUCCUCUCGGCCACUUGCGGCGGCGCACGGCCUCGAGCGCUGUCCGGUCGGACGCGGCCUACCAGUCGAUCCCUCACGACGGCCCGGCGGCGCUUCGGGGAAUGGACGCGGGCGCGCAGACGUUCGUGUGUGUGAGAAGUGCAUUGCGACGGUGGCCAGUGGCACUGCGUUUGCACGGAAGGCGGCGAAGCGACGCCGUCACAAGACGCGAACACGGACGUGAGCCGCAUGUCGCAGGAGAAGAUACGGUCAGGUGCGAUGCACAGCAAGAGCCAAUCGUCGGAGCAGUGGCAGCAAGUGGUACGUCGCACGUGCCUCAGCACAACGGCGUUUGUGGACCCGAAGCACGCGAAGAAGGCGAUGGGGAAUACUGCGACUCGAUUGCAGGGGUCCGCAACUACCACGAGCCGUCGUUUCGGUCGGUCGUCACGUCGACGUACUCGAUUGCGAACCGAGCGGCGGAGCCUGUUGAGACUCCAGACGUGUGCAAGUACAAGAAGUUGGGCAGUGACCUGUUUUGCGCGUUGUACUUUGGCACGGCGGCUACGGGUGUUGUUUGGCUGCACUACUUGACGACGAUGUACCUGCAGCAGUACUUUUGUGACCAGGCGCGGCCGACGCUACCGUGCGACACGCACGUUGCCAGCUACGAGUGUCUCACUUUGUUUUUGGGACUGCUGCCCGACUUCAGUAUGUGGCGUCCGACUCGUGGUGGUGCGCGGUGCACGAACGACUUCAAGCCGCCUAUUCUCAAGGAACAGCGGCCGACGGUCGACAUCUUUUUGUAUCACUACGUGGAACCGGUCGCGGGUUUGAUGCAGACAGUGAAGAUCUGUCUUUCGCUGCAGUAUGCACCCGAGCUCGUCCACGUCUUUGUGCUGGAUGACGGCAACACUGGGUCUGUGUGGGACGCGAACGACCACUUGAAGGUGACGAUGAACAGCAAUGUGAUUGAGAUAUGUGGUGACUUGCGCGGCAAUCUUGCGCGACUCACGCACGAGCGUGUGCCUGAGACGCACCACUCGAAGGCAGGCUACAUGAACAAUUGUUUGCUCAACGAAGGUGCUGACGGCACGUAUGUGCUAAGUCUGGACAACGACAUGAAGCCGCAUCCGAAGUUUUUGCUUGCGGUGCUGUCGUUGGUUUUCUUGGAAGGCGAGGCUUUUGACGGUGGACGACGUCAGUACAGCGACGAUAUUUCGUGGACUCAAGUGGCUUUCGUGCAGACUACUCAGCACUUUGAGGGCAUGCCUCAGUUGGCGAUCAUGGGUGACCGGUGCGAGCACAAGAACGCCAUUCGUCUUUGA